AUGGACUCUAUGCUGGUCGACGAAUCGGACUUGCUCAUAGUAUCCCUGUUGGACCCAUCCUUGAAGGAGAAUGCACAGCUCGCCCCAGACGUCAGUGACACGUCUGACCAGCCACACCACCACCAGAUAUCGCCAGCACACGGCGAUGCUGAUAUAGAUAACGUGUUUGAGUUCCAGCAAUUCAUUGAUGGUCAAGCCUCCCAGCUGUCUGAGACACAGAACGGUAAAAACACCAUGGAAGCCUUGAAAAUGAUCGAUCUCCAUGCUCUAGAGGUGGAGAACCAAACACAUCGUUCCAACACAGAGUACAGUGGAGAUUCGGAGGUUGGAGAGAGUCUGACCCCUGGUUCUAUCGUGCACGUGGAAUAUAAUCCGAACGAAAAGGUCAAGAGACUCGGAAGACCACGAAAGCACUUAAAUGGCAUGCCUUCACCUGCUCCAGGCGAGUCUGCAUCGGACAAUCUUGAAAAGGCUACCAUAUCGAAAUUUCGUUUUGAUGAGAGACCCAUCGAGGGACCUGGCUCACGUGGUGGUGAUCCAUUACACCAUCGGAAAGGUAAAGGUAAACUUACAGAGUCUCCAGCACUCAAGAAACGGAAACAGGCCCUUCUCAAUUUCUCCAAGUCAGAUGCCUCGACGUCGUUGCUGCUUCUAACAUCAGAUAACGACGUGAAGAAUGGGAGCGACGUGAAAAAAGAAACUAUAGAUAAAAAGGAGACGACAGAAAAAGAGGAGAAGAAAGGAAAGAAGGACAUGAAAGAGAAGAAUGAGGCUCAGGUUUCUGUUUCCGAGACUAACGAUGAUGAAAUGGAUAUUGAUCUGGUUUCAGCUGAAGUUUUGCAAGAGGAGAACCAACAAGAAGACAAACCCAAAGUCGAACCAAAUGCUGAAGGUGAUUCAAAUGGAAAGGAGACAGAACCAAAGCCCGAAGCCAUAGAAAUAAGCUCUCAAGUGACAGAGGAAGAGAAUACGGCAGAACCUCCAAAAAAGAGAGCUAGACCUACAAGAACCAAGAAGACUCCUGCAAAGAAACCCGCAAAGGAACCCAAGAAGGAGACAUCUACGAAGGAAAAGGACAACAAGAUCAAGAAAUUGACGCUCAGUUUCAAGCCAAAAGCGAGCCGAACGACUAUUGUUCGUGAGAAGAACAGGGUCACAAGAACGUAUCCGGGCCCAUUAAUACCGAUUCACUAUGAUCUUUAUGACGACAAUCUCAUCUCGGCAACAGCCAACAAAGCUACCUCCAGUGAGGAACUUGCACUUGGAUUCCCAAUAAAAUCAUGUCCAUACCUGGAUGACAUCAUUUUCCUUAUCGGUUUUUUGUCCAAGUUUGACCAUAUAGUUGAUGUUGGUGUGAUGGGACCUGAAGAUCUCGAAAUUGGCCUUGGCUUGGUCAAUGACAACCCUGAAAUUCCCGCACGGGUGGCUCCAGCCAUGGAUGUAUUGUUCCGAAGGUUAUUGGCUCUUGUUCUCAACAGAAAAAAGCCCAUUCUCUUGAGUAUGCAGAGAACAGCCAUUCAAGAGUUACGUGGCCAGUACAUUGGACUUGGUUUACCGGAGGAAUGGAGAGAUGACUCUCAUAUCCGUGUUGUGACCAGCCUUCCGUGUGAUCCAGUCAAGGAUAGAGUCGACACAACCAAGCCGGAAGUAUCUUCAGCCGACAAUAUUGAGUAUCAGGCGCCAGCAGAGAAGAUGAAUCCAUUUCUAGAGCCCGAGUUUGAAGAGUUUGGUCUUCUGGGCAUCGAGAAGCCAAUAGAUAGGCUUAUCAUGUUGAGGUGUUUGGCAACAUGGUCACUUUCUGCAUCCAAUCAACUCAAGACAUAUUUGACUAAAAUCAUCAAUGGCCAGGAUAUUCCUGGGGAAAGAGACACGAUGUAUGGCUCUAGAGCAGUGCUCAAAGGUUUCAAUCAGACAACUGAGUUGAAGAAAGAACUUGAAUUAAAGAUCUCCAAAAAGAACAAGAGCCAGCUGACCCCGAAGGGCACACCAGACCCUGAUACUAUUUCUCGUUAUAUCGAUCCUACCUCAGACCCGCUAGCACAUCCAAUGGCAUUGAGAUUCAAUGAGUUUUUGGUUGGAGAUUGUGGUUUUCACAUAGGACGUUUCUACUUGGUGAGAAUGGCCGACGCAACUUCGGGAGCGAUUAGCUCAAUCGAGAAGAUGAAGAGCUUAGCCAAAGAUGCUGCCAGAGUUCGUUCGUCCAUUCCAUCAAGUUUUAAGUUGUAUGUUGAAGAUGUUCACCAGAUGCUCACAGAUUGGCUUCCUGUGCUAGGACCCGAAUUUGAUGACACUGGAAACGAGGUUCCUACCACGGCUUCCAAACAUUCCCUGAAUUGGCAUGUUGUUGCCUCCAAUGCUGGGGAAUUGCACUUUUUUCUCAAUCACGUUGGUUCUCGUUUGGGCUUGCUUGACGGAGACAAGCCUAUCAUGUCACUGGGAAGUCUCGCAUACAAGCCACUCCUCCACAUGUACCAUUAUCUCUCGCUCAUUCAACCAUUACUUGAGGAGUUCGAAAAGUUGGAAGUGACCGGAGUUGGAGAGAUUAGAACAUCCAGAAAAAAGAAAGUCAACUACUCGGCAGCAAAAGAACCCGAAUGGAACGAGGAUGAAGAAGAUCAGGAAGAAUAUGGUCACGUUGAUGUCGACGAUGAUGACGACUAUAACGAAUUUGAGGAGGGAGAUGCUGAGGAAUACGUCGAAUAG